AUGCCGGUCUACGUGUAUUUCAUCGACGAUGGCAAGGUUCUGGAGCAAUCUUUCGUGGUGGCGUUGCCUGACCGACCACUGAACCACGCUGAACUGGUGCAAGAGGUGCGGGGCCAAUUGGACUUGUCGCCGCGACUUCACUUAUUGACCACGCGCUAUCGGAUCGCUUUGAAUUACUUCGAAAAGUUGAAAGUUCCACCCUCGAGCAUCAAUCGCAACGACGAGCUUCAGAUGGCUUUUGGGCUGAAGUUGCACGAUACGGUAGGUGUACGAUUGAAUUUAUGGGGGGAGGGGGUUUUUAGGGGUAUGGUAAUAUAUGAAAGUAUCGAACCCCCUUUACACUACCCUUGACCUUACCCAUCAUGUAAUAAUGUCAUCCUUUUCAGUGCCCAUCUUUGCCCAUUCUCUGUACCCCAAACAUAGCCUCACCCCAAGCUCCGGCUUCGUCCCUGGCGUCGCUGAAAAAGGAACGAACGGAACACGAUGAUAUUGUAGUUGUCGAUGACAUACCUACCACAUCUUCUCCUGCUUUAGUUAAGAAUUCGCCACCGACAUUGUCUAAUGCAGCUCAAGCUGGAGACAACCGCUUCAACGUAACCAAUCAGAUCGUUCAGAGAGUUCAUGCUAAUGAUAGCAAUCAGGUAGGUGGGAUGGUAAUGUAUAGGAUAAGAUACAAGUUUUAUAUUUAAAGAGACUGUUCAGCUUUGAGAUGACAGUUAUUUGCUUAUAAGUUUUAGAUUUUAUAGUAGCUAUGUUAAGGUUAUCUUUGGAAUUUCAGGUCAAUGCUCUGUUAAAUGCCUUUUUGCACCAACUAAACGAAAAGCCGGCUGAACGUGACUUUGUUGGCCGUGAGCGUAUGAAAAAAGUAAGUUAAACUUAUUUUCUUACCAUAAAAAUCAAUUUUUGAGUAUAUAUAUUAUUAUAUAAAAUUUUUGUCAAAAAAAUUAAAUAAAGCUUGAACUUCAGUCAAAAAGACCAUCUCGUAACUACACGGAAGAAGAAGUCGAAGCUCAAGAGAUACUGAAGAACUACACGUUGUCAAAUGUCAUCAACGAAUGCCAACAAGCUCAGUUUCUGAAGAACUGUCUGAGUGAGAAUGUAAUCGAUGAGAACUUUUAUGUCACUCUUUCCAAUGCGUUGGCACUCUUUAUUGUCACCAAAACGUGGGUUUAUGAUCUUAUAUGUAAAAGUAAUGUUUAAUAAUGAUUUUUCUUUGAAUGUCAUAAUAUAACGUUAUAGCGUAUUAAAUAUUAAGCAUACCAUUUCAGAGACAAGCUCUGGACCCCACGUACUUUAAUGCCUGUGGUGGAGCACUACUUCCAGCCCUAUCCUCAGCUCGAUAUUACCCAUCUGUUUGGACCUCAAUCCUUUCGCCUCCGCAACAAACUAAACCACAUCAGAAUGACUCGGAAAGGUCAAACCGACCGUGAAGCAGAUGUCGUGUCACGCACCGUCAGCAGUCCAUCGUCCAGUCCAGCCUCGGCGGAGUAG